AUGCUCGGGGACGAAGAUAUCGGUAGCACAAAGCAUCGGCCCUCAGCAUGGACAAACGUCACGACGAAUGACUUUCUGGUAGAACAUUUGCUCGCGCUCUACUUCUGUUGGGAGUACCCAACCUUUGCCAGCUUUUCGAAAGAGCAUUUCCUUCUCGAUUAUAAUUCCGGAACUGGGAGAUUCUGUUCAUCUUUACUCGUAAACGCCAUUCUUGCCAUUGGAGCUAGGCUUAGUGACUUGGUGGAAGCUCGAAUGGAUCCGGACGAUCGCUAUAGCGCUGGAGAUCAAUUUUUCCAUGAGGCUCAGAGAUUGCUCAGUCAUGAGGUCACGCCAACGGUCAUUACCAUUCAGGCUCUAAACUUGAUGUCUCUCAGGCAAGCGAGCUCCGGUAACGAUGGAAGCGGUUGGCACUAUGCCCGAUAUGCUAUGAGAAUCGCUCUUGAUCUCGACCUCCCGGACGAUGAUCUGAACCAGGAGCCCCCUAAUCCCACAGGCUUCAGCCGGGCGGAAUGCCAAGUGCGCGUGGCUACGUUCUGGGGCUGCUUUGCUUUAGAGCACGCAUGGGCACUUCUUAUCGGGCGAGUGCCCCAAAUCAAACUCAAAGACAUCAAAGUCCACAAGCCUAUCAUUGUAGACGAAAUCGAACAUGAGAAGUGGACUGCUUACACUGACGAAGGCUGUCAGUCGACUGAGUCCUCUCUACAAGAAGCGAAUCUGCGAUUAGUGUUCAUGGCCUUUUCAGACCUGUCAGAGCUGGUCCACCAGUCAGUCAUGCUUCUUUAUUCUAAUGAGCUACCCUUGACUAGCCAUGAAAUACUUGUUAUCUACACAAAAUACCUUCAAUGGUAUGCUAAUCUGCCGGACCAAUUGCGACUGGGAAAUAAUUCAACACCGGUGGUGCUGUUCGUGCAUUCUAUUUCUCCUCGAUUCAUCUGUACAGAAGCAUCCAAAAACAUUUUAGCUCUGGUUCAGGCAUACAAAAGCCUGUACGGGCUACGACGAGUUCCAGUGUUCACUCCGUACCUGAUACUAAACGCUGAACUCGGCGUAUUGGUAGAGAACGCUUGGUGGGGUGUCGAAACGGAGGCAGAUACACACACCACAGAUAAUUUUGGGUACCUUGGUGAGCUUUCGUGGGCCUGCCCAUUUGCUCAAAGAGCGAUUACUAUUCGCAACUUCUUCCAGGAUCGAUGGAAUGGCAACGUACACCGUUCAGAUCGGGCAACAAUGGAUGAAGAAGCUGAUAUUGACGGCAAGGAGAGGCUCCAAAUGGCUUGGGACCGCCGGGGAACAUUCUUUCAACCGAACGGCGACCUUGAGCCUCACCACACAAGGAAACCAGAUCCUAAUCUGGAGCAAAUCCUUUCUCCGACUGGCUUAGGCUUUUGCCUCUUUUCGCAACAGGCAGACCCGCUGAAAAAGAUCUUGCAUAAAUGUACUCACGAUCAAUAUGAGCAAGAUAGUAUAGAGGGAAUGCAAGAGAAGUUGGAAGCUCAUGGACUAGAACAGCUUCAAAGUUAG